AUGUCAGCUAUUUUAAUAUCAACUUUGGCUAUUAUCGGCAUAUCUGAUGUCAUACAUUGUGGACAAACUGGUGCCUACAGUAUACCCGGCUAUAUUGGAAGUAAUAGUUAUUCCGGUGGAGGUGGGGGUCGUACAGGUGGAGGCGGCUUAGGUCGACAUAGUGGCAGCAGAAGAGGUCACGGCGGCGACAAUGGUAUGACAUAUGGCAUGAGUAACAGUUAUGGCGGUGGAAGUGGAGGAAGUUUUGAUGGUUAUGUUAAGGGAAUUGGUAGCUAUGGUGGCGGUGGAGGAGGAACUGGUAGUAGUGGUGGUGGUGGUGGUGGGCAUGCAAUUCCUGCUGCAAUCAAAACAAUACAUUCGGUUCAGAUACAUAAGCUAGAUAUACCGCAAACUCCCAUACAGGGAGAGUUGAUUGAAGUGGGUGCCAGUAAAGUGCCGGUAACACUGCAUUUUCGAUCGGCUUCAAGCGAUCUGAAAGUGUUGUCCAGUCACCAGUCAGGACAGGGAGAUGUCCAGCAUACGUCAUCAGACGAUAAACCCCAUAAGCUUGUCCAUCGGGUCAACAAACCAGUCAUCCAGGAGAUCCAUGAGAUAAUAACACCGUACAGAAAAAUCAUUCAAGAGAUCCGGCCGGUCAAUGAAGACGUACAGACUAUUGUAGCAAAAGGUGAUGAUAGCCAUCAAAUAAGUCGAAACAAUAACAAUGGUUUAUAUGGUGGUGGAGGAGGAGGUGGACGUGGAAGGGGUGGUAAACAAGUGGUGUCUAGUGACGAAAGUUUUGCAAAAUAUGGUUAUAGUUUUGGUAGUAGCGGUGGUAGUGGUAGUCGAGGAAAGGGAGGUCAACAAUUAUAUGGAAGUGCGUCGGGAAAGCAUAGCAAAUGGGACAAAAUUGUCAAUAAAUUUGAAGGACAACUGCUUUUGUAA